CUCUCUUGUAUUCUCAUCUCUCUCUCUCUCUAAAUUGUUAUUAUUUUAUAACUGAAUUAGGAAGGAAAGAAACAGAAUAAUGGGCGGUUAUAGAGCGGAAGACGAUUAUGAUUACUUGUUCAAGGUGGUUCUGAUCGGAGAUUCAGGCGUCGGAAAAUCAAACCUCUUAUCUAGAUUCGCUCGUAAUGAGUUCAGCCUCGAGUCAAAAUCAACAAUCGGAGUUGAAUUCGCAACUCGUAGCAUUCAGGUUGAAGAUAAGAUCGUUAAGGCUCAGAUUUGGGAUACGGCCGGUCAAGAAAGGUAUCGAGCAAUCACGAGUGCGUAUUAUCGCGGAGCGGUUGGGGCUCUAGUCGUGUACGACGUAACACGUCACGUUACAUUCGAAAACGUAGCGAGAUGGUUGAAGGAGUUGAAGGAUCAUACGGAUGCGAAUAUUGUGAUUAUGCUUGUUGGAAACAAAGGAGAUUUACGUCAUCUGAGAGCGGUAUCGUCAGAAGAUGCUAAGGCAUUUGCUGAAAAAGAGACGACGUUCUUUAUGGAGACAUCUGCGCUUGAAGCUAUGAAUGUUGAAGAUGCAUUUACUGAGGUUUUGACGCAGAUCUAUCAUGUUGUUAGUAGGAAAGCACUCGAUAUUGGUGGCGAUCCUGCUGCUUUGCCUAAAGGACAGAUGAUUAAUAUGAAUAGCAGAGAUGAUGUUUCCGCGGUUAAGAAAGAUGGUUGUUGCUCUUCGUAAUCUUCAUUUUGCAUUCAAACAUUCAUGUUUAUAAUCAAAACCACCAGUUUCUUCAAGUUGUUUGUAUCUUCAAUUUAGAUCUCACAUUAGGUUUGCGAAUGUAAUCAAAACCAUUUUUGGUCAUUUCCAGCAAUUUUUACAA